UUCCAUUUAUCCUCUUCAUCCUUUCCAAAUUUCGCGACGCGUACUCUUGCACGAAAAUGGCUGAACCUCAGGCGGUGUAUGCGACUGACGAGUACGGACGACCGUUCAUCAUCGUCAGAGAACAAGCAAGGAAAACUAGAUCGUAUGGUGUAGAGGCUAUUAAGUCGCAUAUUCUAGCAGCAAGAACAGUUGCGAACAUUAUCCGAACAUCGCUAGGGCCAAGAGGGCUCGAUAAAAUUCUCAUUUCCCCCGAUGGCGAAAUCACGGUGACGAACGAUGGUGCAACGAUAUUAGGCCAAAUGGAAGUUGAGCAUCAAAUAGCAAAACUUCUUGUUCAACUUUCAAAAAGUCAAGACGAUGAGAUUGGAGAUGGAACAACUGGUGUCGUUGUUCUGGCCGGUGCGCUGCUGGAAGAAAGCGAAUCCCUUCUCGAUCGAGGAAUUCAUCCUAUUCGAAUCGCCGAUGGCUUCGAUCGUGCAUGUACAGUCGCCGUCGAAGAACUGAAUCGGAUUUCAGAUCGAGUAGAAUUCACAAAGACCGACACUGAGAAUCUCCUGAAGACUGCCAUGACGAGUUUAGGCAGUAAAAUAGUGUCUAAGGAGCAUCAGCAGUUCGCUCAGAUUGCCGUGGAUGCCGUCCUACAAGUAGCAGACCUAGAGCGCCGCGACGUCCCCUUCGAUCUCAUCAAGGUCGAAGGGAAAGUCGGUGGGUCUUUGGCGGAUACAAUGUUGAUCAAAGGCGUCUUGAUCGACAAAGAUAUGUCGCAUCCCCAAAUGCCCCAUUCUGUGGAAGAUGCCCGUCUCGCUAUCCUGACAUGCCCAUUCGAACCGCCAAGACCAAAGACAAAACAUCACCUUGAUAUCACCAGUGUCGAUGAAUACAAGAAACUGAGGGAUUAUGAGAAGGAGAAAUUCGCAGAUAUGAUAAAGAGGGUGAAGGACACGGGCGCAAAUCUGGUCAUAUGUCAAUGGGGAUUCGACGAUGAAGCAAACCAUUUAUUAAUGCAGAACGACCUACCCGCAGUUAGGUGGGUUGGUGGUCCAGAAAUGGAGCUCAUCGCGAUCGCUACCCAGGGUCGUAUCGUACCUAGAUUUGAAGACCUCACAGCUGCGAAACUCGGUAAAGCCGGGAUUGUAAGGGAAUUAUCGUUCGGUACUACAAGAGACAAGAUGUUAGUGAUUGAAAAAUGUGCAAACACUCGAGCGGUAACCAUCUUUGUUCGUGGAAGUAAUAAGAUGAUCGUCGAUGAGGGAAAGAGAGCCCUUCACGACGCCAUUUGUGCUGUCCGUAACCUCGUUGUAGACAACCGAGUUGUAUACGGUGGUGGUGCAGCAGACAUCAGUUGUUCGCUUGCCGUUUCGAAAGCCGCUGACGAGGUGAGUGUCCUCUCGAAUGGCUAUUGAUGGUAUUCACUCUACCAUACACCAGAUUCCGUCAAUAGAGCAGUACGCUAUGCGCGCAUAUGCAUCGGCACUCGAUUCUGUUCCUUUAGCACUUGCAGAGAACAGCGGUCUCUCACCAAUUGAAACUCUUGCCGAGGUAAAGAGUCGACAAAUCAACGAAGGCAACACGCGUCUAGGUAUCGAUUGCAACGGACGAGGCGAAAAUGACAUGAGAAAACAGUUCGUGUAUGACCCUCUCAUCUCUAAAAGGCAACAGUACUUGCUCGCAACUCAGUUAGUACGAGCAGUCUUGAAAAUAGACGAUGUAAUCAUCGCCGGGCAAGCUGAGGAUUAAGGUGAUGGGGUGCGAUAUAAAUAUACAGUGGCAGAAGUAUAUAAUUUUAGAUCAGGAGUGCAAAAAAAUUCCAAUGUAAAGUUACGUCAAUGAAUUCCGAAGGCUGAAUGUUGAGA